AUGGCAGCGGGGAGCGCUCGCCCGAUGGCAGCGUCGAGCCGAGAGAGGGAUCGCGGCGGCCUCUUGGAGCGUGCUGCGACGUGGGGCCAAUCUUCGCGCGAUCAGCUUCGCGGCACUUGGAUCCUCCUGCGGGCCAUCUCCGAGCGCGCCUGUGCACGCUCUGCGAUCCUCCGCUGUUCGUUUUCCAACUAUAAAGCUCGCCCAGGCCUCUCCCCCGGCCCUUUCUCUCUCUCCCUCUUCCCACCUCCACAAUAUCUCCCCGUGAAUUCACCCGCUAUCCACUACCGCUAUCUUAUUGCACGUCCAGCAGCGUUACACCCGAGUCUCUACGUCUCUUUAUUCUCCCAGAAAGUUCUCCAACAGCUACCGAAAAGCUCUCCAGCCCGCUAUCGCUUCGCACUCCUACUCUGA